AUGGAGAUCGCUGGAACGACGAAAAAGGUCUGCAGAAUUCUGUCAGGGUUUUCUGCCUUGAUUCCACCUCGAUCGUCCACUGGAAUAAUUUCUCGGUAUCAAAAGUUAGGAGGGAAUGCGAUGGGCAAAGACUUUUUUUGCACCGUUCCGUUAACGAAUGUUCAAAAUGUAUCCACAAUGUGCCACAAAGAUACCUACACUUGGGUGUUUAUUCAGAGGAGGUUUGACGGGUCAGUCAACUUUAGUAGAAGCUGGAAUGAGUAUGAAAGUGGAUUUGGUUUCAUAGACUCGGAAUUUUGGCUAGGCAAUUCUCGUAUUCAUGAGUUAACCAAUGAGGGGUAUAAUUAUCUAAGAAUAGAAAUAAUGGACCACGACUGUAUUUGGAAAUAUGCAGAAUAUGCAAACUUCAAAAUAGAAGGCAGUGUAGGGAAAUAUAGACUACACACUUCUGGAUAUUCUGGAAAUGCAGGCAAUAGUCUUGAAUAUCAUGACGGAAUGGACUUUAGUACGUAUGAUAAGGAUAAUGAUCUUUGGCAGUAUAACUGUGGACUGGCAAGAAGAGGUGGGUGGUGGUACCGUUCUUGUCAUAAAUCAAACCUGAAUGGAGAGUACGGAAACACGGAUUAUUCCAAUGGAAUCAACUGGUACUGCUGGAAGGGAUUCUACUACUCUAUGAAGGAAGUGAGAAUGAUGCUGCGGAAACCUUGA